AUGAAUCCAUUCUUCAAUGACAUGUCUGAAGAGACCGAGGGUAAUUUCGUAGAAAUGGAGGAGGAGGCGUGGCGAUAUGCCGUGGAAAAAAGAAGUUCUACCAAAAACCAUCAGAACCAUCAGAACCAUCAGAACCAUCAGAACCAUCAGAACCAUCAGAACCAUCGAAACCACCAAAAAGACCAAAAACAUCAAAACCACCAAAAUGAACAAAACCAUCAGAUUAUAAAGACCCAGCCGACUCAGCAAAGUGUUCCUAAACCAGUUCACACAAACCCUACUGGUGCUGGUGACAAUUGGAAUGCUCAUCUCUUGCGGACACUUCCACCAGCUCAUCCAGCACAAGUGCAAAUCCCAAAUACGUCUCCAAACUUACAAUCUACUGUAAGAAGAAUUGCAACUCAUGAUCAUGAUCAUUACGCAAUUAUUCCUACCGCUGUUGGCCUCAAGGCGGUAAUGACCCGCAAACGAAGACGUACAGCAUUCACCACUGAACAGGUGGCGAUUCUAGAAGAAGUGUUUCGAGGCCGCCCAUACGUCAUCAGGGAGGAACGAAGCAGACUGGGAAAGAAGCUGGGCAUCAGUGAGGACGCCAUCAAAGUGUGGUUCCAAAACCGACGUCUGAAAGAAAAAAAAGAAAGAGAGGAGUUAGAAUUAGAGCUCCUCCAAGAAUACACGAGGAAUAACCCAUUUCCUCACACAGAGGCGUUGUUGCAGCAUCCAGACCAAAAUGGUUUUGUAACACUAAAUCAGGAAUCGAUAGAUGAGUUAGUAAACGCCAUUGAUGCGUGUCUGCCUAAAAACCUAGAUUUGACUAAAUUAAGCAGCAGUUUGGGCACGACAGUGGACCCACAACAUAGUAGUCCACGCGUGUCAAUUCCUCCUCAAGGGUCUCCACUAAUGUCAAGUAUACUCAAGAAUGGUCUCAUUUACCAAUGA